CUGGCUCGGAGUAAAGGGCAUGCAGUGCACAGUCCCUAGCAGAAGCUGAAAAGGGAUGACACCUACUGAUGCUUGUCGACAAUGUCUUCUCCUCUCUUCCUGUUUGAGAUGGGUGAUACGACCAUCAGGAAAAAGUUCUAAAAUAAGCUUGAGUGACCUCAUCGCCCCUUGACUCCUCUUUCCACAAGUCUAAAAACCAUCAGGAGACAUGACCAGUCAACUACCAGAGGAGUCUGUGGAGACCCAGAGCUCAGAUGAGCUUGAGUGCAAGAUCUGUUACAACCGCUACAACCUGAGACAGAGGAAACCAAAAGUGCUGGAGUGUUGUCACAGAGUAUGUGCCAAAUGCCUUUGCAAGAUCAUAGACUUCGGUGAUUCCCCGCAAGGAGUCAUAGUAUGCCCGUUUUGCAGGUUUGAAACAUGCUUGCCAGAUGAUGAGGUUAGUAGUCUUCCUGACGACAACAACAUCCUUCUGAAUUUAGCUUGUGGGGGAAAGGGAAAGAAGUGCCUACCAGACAACCCAACAGAACUGUUGCUGACUCCCAAAAGGUUGGCAUCUCUGGUUAGCCCUUCUCACACCUCCUCUAAUUGCCUGGUUAUAACAAUCAUGGAAGUACAAAGAGAAAGUCCCCAGACUCUGAACUCAACCCCCGUGGUGGAAUUUUACAGGCCUACAAGUUUUGACUCUGUUGCAACUGUGUCCCACAACUGGACAGUGUGGAACUGCACAUCUUUGCUCUUCCAGACUUCAAUUCGGGUGCUAGUGUGGUUGCUAGGGUUGCUGUACUUUAGUUCCUUGCCUUUAGGGAUUUAUUUACUGGUAUCUAAGAAAGUCACCCUUGGGGUUGUCUUUGUAAGCCUUGUUCCUUCAAGCCUUGUUAUUCUCAUGGUUUAUGGUUUUUGCCAGUGUGUUUGCCAUGAAGUUCUAGACUGCAUGUCAUCUUGAUAAAAAAUACAGUAAAAUAAGAUAUGUUGCCACAUGUGUAGCAUAUUAUCCUGUCUUCAUAUUCUUAUUUAUUAUUGUUUUCCAUCCCAGUAAAUGGAACCAGUGGCCUUAGUUACAUGGCCCUUUUAUUUCUUUUGGUUUCUUUUUUUUUCCUCCUUUUUUUCAGCAAAAUAAUGGAAAUAAAAUUUACAUGCUGAUUUUAAAAGGCCAGGCUGUAGAAAGGGAUAAAGCAAAAUUGCCAAACUUGGUGCCUGCUUCUACCACUAUUGAAAUGAGUAGCCUUUUGCUUUCUGUCAGCUUGAUCACGGGAGUCAAGGCUGCAGGUUCCACCCUAGAAGAAAUUAGUAUGACAGGCACCUGCCAGGUCAAAGUGCAGCAUCUCUUCAUCCAAAGCAUCUUAUGCUUUGGAAUAUCUGUUUUUUAUCAUUUAUAGCAAACAAAAUCACUUUGUUAGCUAAUAUUAGAAAACAAGCUGCCAUUGGUUUUUCAGUUUCUUGUUAUAGCAGAAAUACUUGUGGGAGGCCAAUGGUCACAGAUUUUUUGCAUUCUGCAACACGAGGAACCUUUUUUUUCUGUCUGCAGAACAGAAAUCAUGUCUGCAGAACACUUUCCCCAAGCAGAAGCUCAGUUUAUCUGUCAUGUACUUGCAACUCCCUCUGAGCUACUCCUGCUAAUGAGUACUUCCAGGGACCCAGCCACAAAUUUGCUCUUCUCUAGAUGCUCUUCUUUCAGUGUGCAUACACCUUAGGCUUUCUUUUUGAGGGUUCAGAGCUCUGCAGACUUCUCUGGCUGUGUUCUGUUAUGCUUACCCUCUCUUCCAGAAUUUCCACCACCCCACCACGUUUCCAACCCAUCGGUCCUCCUAACAAAUUUCCUGACCAACUUCUUGCCCACCUACUCUGUGGUAGAUACACUGGAGAAUGUGACAUCAGCUUUCAAGAUAGAUUUUUUUUUAUUUUUUUUUUUUUUCCCCCCAACAAUUAGGAAAUGGACCUUCAAUGACUAAUAUAAAUAUCAGAAAAAUUCUGAAAUGGUUAACUGUUGGGUUUGGGGUUUUUUUUUUGCUUUCUGAGCUCACAGAAUGAGCAUGGUAAGGAGGUGCUAUGACUUGGGGAAGGUUUCUGUUUAACACAUAGUCCUUAAAAAUGCUUAAUACCCUGAACUCCCUCUGUCUCCAUUGUGAGCUGAUGGCACUCUAGAUGUGGCAAUAAGCGUGUCUUGAUUAGUUGAGUACAGAGGAAUUACUGAUGAUUUACCAUUCCACAAAUAGAAUCAGGGCCUGUAAGGCUUGCUUGUAUGUUGCAUGGUUUAGGCUACUUUUUGAACUGGAAGAGCACAAAAAGUAAGAAAUAUUUAAUGUUUAUGUGUAUAACUAGGUCUAGUCAAUGCCACAGCUGCAAACUCAUUUUUCCUGUGCACAGCAGAGUAAAAACUGAGAAGGAGGAAUUGAGCAGUUAAAGCACAGUUUUUGGAUUGGGCACAAGAUUUAGUAAUUUCAAGGCAGUGUAAGAGGGAGAGGGGGUUUGUUGCAUGAAGAGUGAAUGUGUGGCCUAACAAUAUAUUUGUAUACUUUGGUAAGAAUGAAAAAGGCUGAGAAGAAGAACAUAAGUGGUUGUUGUGUCUGUCACGAUGGUCCAAUUUUUGUAGAUUGCACAGAUGGUAUCUACAGUUUCAUUCCUAUUGCAAACAUAGGGAAAAUGUGGAAAUGUAAAAGUCCUGCUUUUCUUGACACUCAUUUUCUAAUAGUGCAUAUAUAUGUGUGUGUAUGUACAUAUAGACACAUGUGAGAAGAAAACUUCUAGAGAAAUUAUAGUUUUCAAGUGUAUGGAGUUAACGAAACUUGUACUGAAUGAUUAAAGGAAAUGUUUCAGACUUUUCUGUAACAACUUGAUAACAAUUAUAACUAAAAUAUUUUCAGAAUUCAUAGAAAUGACUAUUCCUAAAUAAUUGUUUUUAAUGUUUGUGGUAAAGCACAUAUAGUUAGAAGAGAUAUCAUCUAUCUCCAAUCCUGGUAUACUGAAAGGUUUGACUUAUCUAUGAACUAAUAAAUUUUAAGCAUCCAACAACAAUCAUGUCAAAAAAAAGCAAGAAAAAUAGAAACUUAUGUGGUUUUAUGGUACUUCAAAACUUUGGGAAAAGAUGUAUUUGUAGUGUUAGGGAUUUGUAUGUUUUAGGGUUUGUUCAAUUUGUCUGAAUACAGUGUCUCUAAUAAAGGGCUGACUAAUAGAGGAA